AGCGGUGAAGAAGAAGGUUGCUUACUAUGUUUACUAACUCAGGGCAGUAAGAAAAUAAAGUUCAGUCGCGUCGGGAACAACAAAACAGUUGUCGCUCGCGUCUGCGUCUUUGCACCACAACAACAACGCUCUCUCCAUCACAUUCAGACACAAAGAGGACAGAAGACAGGAUGAGUAAAAGCAAAAGCAUAGGAUCAGAAGUCACGCGAUACCUGCAUCUCGCGCACACGUACCGGCAUGCACAGCACGACGGGAGUAGGGUGUAUAGUGAGACCGAGCUGGAUCGGGUUAUUGCGCAGCUCGAGAAUAAGGUUGAGGCAGGGCGGCGGGAGGUUGAGAAGUUUAGGGCGGAGGAGAAAGGGGAUGAGGGAGCGGGAUGCGUGCGUGCUAUUGUUGCGGCGCGGAGGUAUACUGUUGAUGAUGGGGGGGAGGAGGAGGAGGAGGAGGAUGAUGCGGAGAGGAUUGUGAGGGAGUUGGAAGGGAUGGAGAAGUUUGAGGUUGCGAGGGGUGGGAUUGAGAGUUUAGAAGGAGCGAUUGCGAGUGCGAAGAAGGAGCUUGAGAGGGAGGAGAAGACGCGGGAGGAGUUGCGGGCGCUCGGGAAGCUGCUUGAUGCGCGGCAGGAGUAUUUACGGGAGAAGUACGGCCGGGGUAUGAGCGAGCGGACGCGGGUGGAGGUGCGGGAGGUGCGGAAGGCGAGGGGGCGGGAGGAGGAGAGUAGGAAGAAGAUGAGGAGGUUGAUGGUUGUUUUGAAGAAGUUGCUGGAUACGCGGAUAGCGGAGGUGUUGGUGGAGGAAGAGAACGGGGCGCCGGUGGGAGGGUUUGUGGGGGAGAAGAGGGGCGGAGGGGUGGUGAGGCCGAGGAAGUUGGAGGAGCAUUGGACGCAGGCGCGGAGCGAGAAGAUUGCGGCGGAGGCGAAGCAGUUGGUUGAGAAUCUACUGAAUGAGGCGUUUUUGCCGGAGCAGGGAUGGGUGGAGUUGGAGGACGCGGACAGUGUUGUUGUGCGGUUGCUGAUUCGGUCUGAUAUUGCGGUGCUGAGGGCGAAUGACGGCAGGUAUAUGAAGCUGCGGGAGUUUGCGAGUUCUUUUUAGCGUGCGGUUCUUAGCGUGAACAGGAGAUAGAAGGAGGAGCCAUGUGGUCAAUAGCUCCUAGUCGAUAGCCAAUAAAGGCAGGUGUGAAGGAACGUGGACUGCGCCUCUGUGGAUGGAGCUAUAACGGAUAGAGUAAGGUGUCGAGAAGAGGGGAUGUUCUUGGCAGGAGAGUAGUGUUAUGAUAGUGGGGAGUAUAAUUGAUCAUCAUUUAUAAAGCAGAGAAGGAAGGAAAUAGGGACAAAGAACAGGGAAAAUGGGAGAAGGAGGAGGAUGUGGGGAAGCUGUGAUGACUUGCUGGUUAGGGUUAAUUGAGUCGGUGAUCAGACACGAUGAGAAAGAGAAGAGAUAUGGAAGAGAUAUGAAUGAGUUGAUAGAAUAGAAUAAGAGGAUAUAUAGAAUAUAGAAUAUAGAAUAACAAUAAUACAAUAACA